AUGCAACCUGGAUUCGAUGACAAUCACACCGACGAGUUGUUUCUCGAAGAUAUGGUGAUGAAUGCCAAUGUCGUGAAAAGGGACAUAACGAAGGUGAUCUUGGACUCUGUUUCCAUCUCUCAGUAUCUCUGCAUUGUUUCCCUUGUCAUCUUGGUAUGGACCUACACCCUCCAAUCCACACUGGACGAGUAUUCCUUGUUGUUUCUCGAUGUCGGUCUUCUCGCUUCAGGCUUCGUUACUCUGCUACUAACCAGAGAAAUGUGUUCGCUCGGUCUGUUCUUCCACUAUCUUCUCAACAUUGGGUUCUUCACCACGGGGUUAUACGUGUUGUCGCCUAUAUACAACACCCUGACUAGGUCGAUAAGCUCGGACACAAUCUUGGCAGUGACAGUUUCACUUAUUGUACUUCAUCUCUUCCUCCAUGACUAUUCAGGAUGUCCCAUAGGGGUUCCAGGAGGAGGAGCCUUAUUCACAUCUCCAAGCUUGACCAGUUGUGUGAGCUUAAAUGCUUCUGUGGUUGCUUCAGUUUUUAUUGCCUCUCGCCUUCCGUCGAGGCUUCACGUUUUUGCCGUCAUGCUGUUCUCUAUGCAAGUCUUCCUGUUUGCUCCAUUCGUCACUUACUGUAUCAAGAAGUGUUCUUUGGUGCUUCACCUCGUCUUCUCCUGUGGGUUGAUGGCCUUGACGCUCAGCCUCGUGUAUGCGCUUCACAAGCUGCUGUUUGUAGUGUUGUUGGGUUUGUUGGUUUUCGUCAGCGUCGUUUGUCCUUGCUGGCUGAUAAGAAUCCAGGAGUACAAGUUUGAGAUCAAUGGUCCGUGGGAUGAAGCUAAGCUUUGUUUUGACAUAAGGGAUUGA